AUGGCUCCUCCUGCUGCUACCUCAUCUUCCGCCCCAACUGAAGACGACAUUGAACAAACCGUCAGAAAGUUGGCUGCCUUGAAGCCAAUCGGCCACAGAUUUUCCAACAAUGCUAAGACUGGUCCUCAAUUGGAAUGGUUAGCAAAGUUGCCAGAACCUGCUAGAAAAAGAUUUGAAAAGGCAGGUAUUGAUUUGUCCAACGGUUAUCCUGUUAUUCCUAAAUCGGAAGAUAUUCCAAAGUUUGUUGAUGAAGCAUUUGAAAUCAGAAACAAGGACUAUCCAUACAUUGAAAGGGGUGCAAAUGCCGACCCUGAGAAGAAGGCAUUGUUUGGAGCUGCCAAAGAAGUUAGACACUUGACCAAGCACCUUGGUACAGAAAUUGUAGGUUUGCAGUUGAGCGACUUGAACGACAAGCAAAAAGACGAAUUGGCCUUGUUGGUGGCUGAAAGAGUUGUCGUCUUUUUCAGAAACCAAGACUUGUCUCCUCAGAAGCAAUUGGAAUUGGGUGAAUACUGGGGUCAAGUUGAAAGACACCCACAAGCUCCACACGUUCCAUUGCCAAUCCCUGAAGGUACUGAAACUAUUGCCAAGGGUAGUGGUGUCAGUGUAAUCUGGAGAAAGUUUUUCAGCGAAUUCUAUGGAUUCCCUGGUGGUUUCAGGAAGAAGUCCAUCACCUCAGGCUGGCACACUGAUUUGGUCCAUGAGCAUCAACCAGCAGGUAUCACCCACUUGCACAACGACACGAUUCCAAAGACUGGAGGUGACACUGCAUGGGCAUCUGGUUAUGCUGCAUACGACAAGUUGUCUCCAGCCUUGCAAAAGUUCCUUGACGGAAAGACAGCUAUCUACCGUUCCGCUCACCAGUACCUUGACCGUGAAAAUCCAUUGAAGGGACCAAAGUACAUCGAAAGAGAGCACCCUAUUGUGAGAACCCAUCCUGCCACUGGCUGGAAGUACUUGUUCGUCAACAGAUCCAUGACUGACAGAAUUGUGGGUUUGGAACCAGGUGAAUCCAAGGUUAUUUUGGAGUACUUGUUCUCAGUCUACGAGAAGAACUUGGACAUUCAAGUGAGAUUCCAAUGGCAACCUACAAACGAAGGCUUUGGAACUUCUGCUAUCUGGGAUAACAGAGUUUCUCAGCACAAUGCUAUUUCUGACUACGACUUCGAUGGCGAUGAACGUCAUGGAACUAGAGUCACUUCUUUAGCUGAGCUUCCUUACUUCGACCCCAAGUCCAAGUCUCAAAGAGAAGCAUUGGGCUUGUCGUUAGAUUAG